AUGAAGUGUAUCGAAUUUUACAGUGGCAUAUGCGGUCUUCACAUCGCUCUGAAAGGAAGCAGGAUACCCAACGCGCAGCUCAUAAAGGCAUAUGACUGGGACCAAUCCGCCUGCCAAGUCUACACCACCAACCAUGGGCCCUCAAUAGUCUCCCGAACCGACAUCUCUAGGCUCACCGCCGGCGAACUCGCCGCGCUCGGCGUGGACAUAUGGCUCGCCCUCCUGCCAGUCGAUCACGGUCCUGAAUCCGAAUCCGAACCGCGCGAAGCGCGCUCGACCCGCGGGCACAAAGUUCCCUUCACGACAUCGAUGAUGUGUUUCCGAUUCCAUGACUCAGCAACGCGCACGCACCUUGUAGAUGCACUCGCCAGGCUCGGAUACACCACCGCCGAGUUCUUCCUCGCGCCCGUGCAAUUCGGCAUACUAAACUCACUCCUACGCUACUAA